GGGCAAAUUCAUGCCCGAUUGCUUGACUCUCAAGAGCAGGAUGACCCUGAUUCAGAAGAUUGCAAAAGAGUGUUCCGAAAGGCUCCUCCAUUAAGAAUAUGCCUUCUGGGUCCCCGUGGCUCUGGCAAAACUAUUUGUGGAAGACAGUUAGCAGAAAACUUGGGCAUCUUUCACAUUCAGUUUGAAGAAUUUCUACAAGAAAAAAUCAUGCUCAAAACUGAAAAGAAAGUUGGACCUGAAUUUGAAGAAGAGGCUGAGGAAGAACAACUUGCAAAACAAGAACUUGAAGAGCUUGCAAUUGAGGCCAAUGUCACACUUGAGAAAGAAUAUGCAAAUAAGCCGCCUCCAGAAGUGCAAUUUACAGAAGAAGAAGAAGCAAUCAGAUUAUAUUUAAUGGAAAAUGAAGCAUUGCCUCCCGAAAUUCUAGAAAACAUUCUUUCUGAGUGGUGGCAUAAAGAACCAAUACGUUCCACAGGUUUUAUAUUAGAUGGUUUCCCACGAUAUCCUGAUGAGGCCCAGCUUCUAGGGGAACAUGGAUUUUUCCCAGAUGCUGCUGUUUUAAUACAAGUUGAUGAUCAAGAUGUUUGUGAUCGGCUCCUGCCUCCCCAAAUUGAAAAGUGGAAACUGAAACAGAAGAAGAAAUUAGAAAGGAAACUACUCAUUAAAGAAAUGAAGGCAAAAAUCAGGGAUGAUAUGAUUGCUAAAAGAAGGGCUGAACUUGUAGCAGAGAAAGAGAAAAGAAGGAAAGAGGAGUUUGCUAGAGAAGAUGAAGAAAUGAGUGACGAAGAGACAGAUGAUGAUGAGUCUAUUGACAAUAUCCUUGAAGAAGAAUUUCCAAAAGAGGAGGAAGUGAUGAGUGAGGAAGAAGAAGAACCGGAAGCUGAUGCGAUUGAACGCCUGAGAGGUGACCUGUUAGACAAAUUUGAAACAGAUACACGUUAUUUACAAGGAAUACAGGAUGAAUUUGAAAAGUCUUUGGUACCACUAAUUAUCAUUAAUGGAGCUCGGAAAAUCCACAUUGUACAAUAUUUAUUGAAUAAAAAACUGAAACCACUGGUGGAAAAUCGGGCAAGCAUUUUUGAGAAGUGUUAUCCAAUAUCAACACGCCUUGCUCAGAAACUGCUCAGCUUUACCUACAAAUAUAUUAGCACAUUCGGCUACUGGGACCCUGUAAAGCUAAGUGAAGGAGAGACACUCAAGUCAAUUGAAAGUCCAGAUAAUCCAUUUUAUCCUGUAAUCCAUCGUCAGUAUAUUUACUUUUUAUCUAAUAAGGAAACUAAAGAAAAAUUUAUGAAGAACCCAAUCAAAUAUAUUCGCCAACCCAAACCUAAGCCUAAUAUGCCCAUUAAGAUCGCAAUUGUGGGGCCUCCAAAGUCUGGGAAAACUACAGUUGCCAAAAAAAUUUCAAGUGAAUAUGGCAUAACGCGUUUGUCAGUAGGAGACGCUUUGCGUUCCGUGUUAAGCAACCAACCAGACACAGAGCUGGCACUUAUGUUAAAUUGGCAUCUUCAUAAAGGAUUGACAGUACCUGAUUCACUGGCUAUUCAAGCGUUAGAAGUAUCUAUGAUGCACAGUGCAUGUAAUACCGCAGGUGUUAUCAUCGAUGGAUAUCCGGUAACCAAGCAUCAAGUGAGUCUUUUGGAGGCCGAGUCAAUCAUUCCCCUGAUCAUCUUUGAGUUGGAUGUACCUUCCAAGGAGAUUUUCAAAAGAUUGCUCCUGGAAAAAAAAAAGGAACAAAGUUUGCCUUAUCCAUUACACAAUAGCUCACAGAUUAUAGCUGUCAAGAAGUCCAAGUACCACAAAAAUAUUGUUGAGAUUAAGCAAUAUUACCAAGAACAACAUCAGAACUGGUAUGUGAUUGAUGGUUUUCACAGCAAAUGGUGGGUAUGGAAUGAAGUCAUUACGAAUGUUAAAAUGGUGAAUCGAUACAUGCAGACAUACCUGGAAAGAAUAAAAGAAGGGAAAGCUGCCUGCAUUGACAAGUUAUGCAUCACACCUCAGGAACUGAUUUCUCGCCUGGGCGAGUUUGGACAGUUCUGCCCAGUCAGCCUGGCAGAAUCAUAUGAGCUAGUUGAUUGCUCGGAAAUGGAGACCUUGGAAUUUGCCGCAGAAUUCAGAGGGCAUUAUUAUAAAAUGGGUUCUCGGGAAAAACUGAAUAAAUUUUUGGAGAACCCAACAUUAUAUGUGCCUCCAUUAGCACCUCAUCCACUCCCAUCUGCCGACAUGAUCCCCAAGAGGCUGACCCUGUCAGAGCUGAAGAAGCGGUUCCCUAAGUGUGCUGAGCUCCACGGCUACUGUCCUGUGACCUAUCAGGAUGGAAACCAAAGAUAUGAAGCCCUAGUACCUGGGAACAUUAAGUAUGCCAUAGAAUAUCGUGAUCGUAUAUACAUUUGUGAGAACAGUGAAAAACUUGAGAAAUUUUUGAGAACGCCACUGAAAUACUGGAAUCAGAAGCUUCCAUACAAACUUCCUCCAUUAAAGGAACCAAUACAUCUCACUAGUCUUCCUUUGCCUGGAUAUCUGGAACAGGGUAUCGCAACUUCUCUAAUUAAAGCAAUGAAUGCAGUAGGAUGCUUAAAGCCCAAAUUUCCUUUCUUAAGUAUAAAGAAAUCCGCGCUCCUCUAUAUAGCAUUUCAUCUAAAAGCCUUUAAUCCCAAAGGUUCUGAAUAUACAAGAAAAAAGUAUAAGAAGAAGAUGGAGCAGUUUGUAGAAAGAUGUGAACUCAUUACAUACCUGAGUGCCCACAUGACCAGAAAAUACAAGGAACCUCAGUUUAGAGCCAUUGACUUUGAUCAUAAAUUACAGACCUUUCUCUCUCUCAGAAAUAUAGACCCAGUUAAAGAAUAG